AUGGAUAUUGAAGAAUUUCGAAUUCGUGGAAAAGAAAUGGUGGAAUAUAUAUGCGAAUUUAUGAGUAAUAUUCAUAAUCGAAGAGUAACACCAGAUGUUGGUCCUGGAUACUUGAGACCAUUAUUACCUUCUGAAGCACCCCAACAACCUGAAGCAUGGGAAGAUAUAAUGAAAGAUGUUGAAUCUAAAAUCAUGCCAGGAAUCACACACUGGCAACAUCCAAGAUUUCAUGCAUAUUUCCCAGCUGGAAAUUCUUUCCCAUCGAUUCUUGGUGAUAUGCUUUCUGAUGCGAUUGGAUGUAUCGGUUUUUCUUGGGCUGCCAGUCCAGCUUGCACAGAAUUAGAAACAAUAGUUUGUGAUUGGUUUGGUAAGGCCAUUGGUUUGCCAAAAGAUUUUCUAUGCUUUAAUGAGAAUAGCAAAGGUGGAGGUGUCAUACAGGGUUCUGCAUCGGAAUGUAUUUUGGUAUGCAUGUUAGCUGCAAGAGCUCAAGCUAUUGCUAGAUUAAAGGAAUCAUCAGCUCAUACACAUUUGGAUGAAACUGCACUAUUAGGAAAAUUAAUGGCUUACUGUAGUCGAGAAAGUCAUAGUUCUGUUGAAAAAGAUGCUAUGAUUUCCUUUGUUAAAUUAAGAAUCCUAGAACCUGAUGAAAAAAGUGUACUUCGUGGCGAAACAUUAAGACAGGCUAUCGAAGCUGACACAGCAGAAGGUUUUGUACCCUUUUUUGUUUCUACAACCCUUGGCACUACUGCUUGUUGUUCCUUUGAUAAUUUAAAGGAAAUUGGACCGAUCUGUAAAAAAUAUCCUGGAAUUUGGUUACAUGUAGAUGCAGCAUAUGCAGGGAAUGCUUUUAUCUGUCCAGAAUUAAAAUAUUUAAUGGCUGGCAUUGAAUAUGCAGAUUCAUUUAACACAAACACAAAUAAAUUCUUAUUAACAAACUUUGAUUGUUCUUGUCUUUGGGUAAAAGACAGAUUCAAAUUAACAAGUGCUUUAGUUGUUGAUCCACUUUAUCUUCAGCAUACACAUGCUGAUACUGCAAUAGAUUACAGACAUUGGAGUAUACCAUUAAGUAGACGAUUUCGUUCAUUAAAAUUAUGGUUUGUUAUGAGAAAUUAUGGAAUAUCAGGAUUACAAUCAUACAUUCGCAAUCAUUGCCAACUUGCAAAGAGAUUCGAAGCUUUGGUGAGGAAAGAUUCAAGAUUUGAAAUCUGCAAUGAUGUUGUGUUAGGUCUGGUGUGUUUCCGAGCAAAAGGUUCCGACAAACUUAAUCAAAAACUUCUAAGUACUAUUAAUGAUUCAGGAAAGAUUCACAUGGUACCAGCUCGUGUAAAUCAACGUUAUACGAUUCGUUUUGCUCUUGCUGCACCAAAUGCAUCUGCUCAUGAUGUUGAUAUAGCUUGGUCCAUUAUAACAGACUACUUGGCAGAGUUACUAGAAUCUAAGGACGUGAUGGACGAAUUAGCUGAUAUUCGUGAGAAGAAAAGGAAAGCUACAUUGGAACAAAGACGAUCUUUUUUCGUUCGUAUGGUAUCCGAUCCUGCUAUACAACCUGGCUUCACCAAAACACCAAACAGAACUGGACCAAAGCUUGAUACUCAAACAACGAUUGGCGGUAUUGGAACGAACUCAAACACUGGAACACAUUCAUGGAUAUCUUGGCCAUUAGCAUACUUGAUGAAUUCAAGAGAUGGAACUGAUACAAAUGAAUUAUCAUUAAGAUUUCGACAUUUGGAUACAAUGGUAAGAUUAAAAACAAGUGGUGCUGGAAGUAGACGUGGUAGUAGUAAUGGAUGUAGUCCAGAACCAUCACCAACAGCUUCACCAUCUCGUGGAAGAUCACCAAAUGGUAGAACGUAAUAAUUAGAAGUAUAAUGAUUAGAAAAUCCUGUAAAAAUAAUCUCUUUUAAGACUCUCUGUAUUUCGAAAUAUAAAUAAU